GCCCCCGCCGCGGCUCGCUGGUGGGCCGCGCCGCGCGCCGCACGGGAUGGCAGAGCCCGUCGGGGGCACGGCCGGCCUUGGCGGCUCCGACGCCGAGGAGCCGCCGCCAAUCCCCCCUCCCCGUGGUGCUUGUGCUGCGCGGCAGACGGCGGGGAGACGCGACAAGCGCUGGCCGAAGCCUUCGACGUCCCACCGCCCGAGGUGGUCAGGGUCGGGGAGCAGUUCACGGUCACGGUCAGCAGGCGCAAGGGCGAGCCCUUCGGCUUGGAGUUGGACCUCCUAGACGGCAGGACCGCGCAGAUUCUCGAGAUCCGGGCGGGCGGCGCCGUGGGCCGCCACAGCACCAGGGAGCUACCCUCGCGCCGAGUGCAGCCUGGCGACUUCAUCGUCAGCGCGAACGGCGUAGAAGGGGAUUCGCAGCUGUUGCUGCAGGCCCUGAAGGCCCGGGAGGUCGCCACAGUCGGGAUCUCGAGGCCCGUUCCUUUCAGGGUGACCGUCCAGAGGGCGUCCAGGGCAGAGGGGUUCGGGGUAGUUCUCAAGAGCGCUGCGCGCAGCGGGAGAUUUUCUCUGGUCGUAGAGGAGAUUCGGUCAGGCCCAGUGGCGGAAUGGAACGAGGAGCACCCCGAGGUUGCCGUGCGGCGACUGGACAGGAUCGUUGAGGUGAACGGUGUCGAGCACAAUACUGCGCAGAUGCUGCGAAGCUUCGAGGAGGAGUUGAGCUUGGCGCUCUGCGUGGUGAGGCCUCUGGACGGAGACCACGGGUCAAGAGAAGAAGCUUAUGCUUCAUGA